UUCUGCACAAAAAUUAAUGAGUAAUAAGUUGAAAACCCAUCACUAAUUAGUACACUUUCUGUUUGUUUUGUGGCAACAGUUAGAAAGGUGGGGGGCUUCAAUUCAAGAUUAUGAAGUUCUGAUAAGAGAAACUCCUGGAGAUGAGGAAGUUGGCAAGGCUUUGUUUGAAGCCAAGAUCCAGCUCAAAACACAACGCGGCGAAGAUAUUAAGGACAUGAAAUUUGGAUCAAAUUUGGUCCUCAUCUCCAGCAAUGAGCGCUUCAGACAUUUUGUGACCUCUCCAGGGAUGUCUGUGGUGCUGUUUUGUAGCAAAACCAAACAAAAGCAAGUGUUGCAAGCCCUGCAUCAAGUCUGCACAAGAUUUCCAUCUGUCAAUUUUCUCAAGGUGGAGGUGGAAGACCAUCCAUACUUGGCCAAAAUGGAGGAUGUGAGCACAAUCCCAGCCUUCAAGAUAUACAAAAAUGGAUCAAGGGUCAAAGAAAUUCCAGGCAGCAACCAUGAAUUAUUAGAAAGCUCAGUCAAAUUGUACAGCAGUUGAGGAUUCUUAAGUAAAACAAAAGAUGACAUAUUACACUUGAUAUAUUGUUCAUAGGCAAGGUGACAGGCAGCAGAAACUUCACAUCUUGCAAAAGAAGAAAGCCCACAUGACAGAAUAAAAAUAGAAAUUGAUUGGGCCAAUUAUAUGUGCUUGACAACUUUGCCUGCAUUGCACAUAAAGCAAAAAGGGUGGGAAGAGAAUCAAUGCAAAAGAUUAAAUCAAGGAAGAAGGAAAUUUGAGUGGACUUUUAUUGUAUUUCUUCAUCUGAUUCUUUUAAUUUUUUUUACUUUUGAAAGUUUUAUGGGGUCCUAUGUUCUCCCAACCCCAUAUGUUGCACACCAACCUGGCAAGCCAACAUGAAUUGUGGUUGAUCAGAGGAAGUUUCAUAUUUGUUAUCUGUUUUUGUCUUUUCAAAACCUGGAAAUUAUGUUAUCAGGAGGUUGACUGAUUA